GAGAGAGAGAGAGAGAGAGAGAGAGAGAGUGUGUGUGUGCGUGUGUGUGUGAGAGAGAGAGAGAGAGAGAGAGAGAGAGUCUGUGUGUCUGUGCGUGUGACAUGCUAGCACCAUAACUAUCACAAUGGAUUUCCAACACAGGACAGCUCUGGAUAUCUCCACCAGGAACCCUCAGGAUGAUUUUGAGAUCCUGCAGAGAGUCGGAGGAGGAACGUACGGAGAAGUUUACAAGGCACGUAACAAGCAGAACAGAGAGCUGGCAGCCAUCAAGGUCAUCAAGAUGGAACCAGAGGAUGAUUUUUCUAUCAUCCAGCAGGAAAUCGUCAUAGUGAAGAGCUGCAAACAUCCCAACAUAGUGGCUUAUUACGGCAGCUACAUACGAGCCAACAAACUGUGGAUCUGUAUGGAGUUCUGUGGAGGAGGCUCCCUGCAGGACAUCUACAAUGUGACUGGUCCUCUGUCUGAGCCUCAGAUCGCCUACAUCUGCAGAGAGAUGCUGAAGGGUCUGGACUACCUGCAUGCACAGAAGAAGAUCCACAGAGACAUCAAGGGUGCCAACAUCCUUGUGAACGAUCAUGGCGAGGUCAGGCUGGCUGACUUUGGGAUCUCGGCUCAGAUCACUGCCACUCUGGCCCGGCGGAUGUCCUUCAUCGGGACGCCAUAUUGGAUGGCACCAGAGGUGGCAGCCGUGGAGAUCAAAGGGGGCUACAAUGAGCUCUGUGACAUCUGGUCUGUGGGCAUCACAGCCAUCGAGCUGGCAGAGCUACAGCCGCCAAUGUUUGACGUCCACCCACUGCGAGUCCUGUUUCUCAUGUCCAAGAGCGGCUACCAGCCUCCUAAACUUAAGGACAAGUCCAAAUGGUCCUCCAUGUUUUAUAACUUUGUAAAGGCCAUGUUGGUGAGGAACCCGAAGAAGAGACCCAGCGCCUCCAAGAUGCUCUCACAAAUGUUUUUGACCCAGCAGUGCCUGAGCCAGGAGCUGACCCUGGACCUGCUGGAGAAGUAUCGACACCCUGAGAAACUGAAGUCCUGCCUGGUGACGGACGACGACGAGAUGGAGGUGGCGCUGCCGGGAUCUUUGAAGAGGAUCCAGUCUGUCAACAAACACAACCAGGCGGAGCGGACACACUCUGACAUUACCUUGCAACAGAUUUGGACUCGGAGGCCUGUGAAGAAGGAAUCACCAAACACAACAUUAAGACCUUCACUGAGAUCCACCGGCAGCAGCAAGAGUCCAGUGAGGGAUCAGGACUCAGACUCAGACGAUGACUAUGACGAUGUGGAUAUCCCUACGAUACAAGCCGGUUACAGAAUGUCCGCUAAUGAAACUCCCCCUCCACUUCCUCCAAAGCCCAAAGCUCGGAGCAGCUCAGAGGAAAGCGUGGCGGUGGAGGACGACUGGGCGAGGAAACCCUGCUCUCUGUACGCUCCCUCCCCUCUCCUCAGGACCUCCAGUGGGACGCAGGUCCGUCCUACGCCCCAACCACGAUCCUCGCGAAACUCAGACCCUCCGUCCUUCCCUGUCCAGUUGAUUGACAACCCGGCGGAGCUCCUUCCUCCUGAGCUCCCCCCUAAAGGCAUACGCAAAUGGCGACCCCCAUUAAAGAACCCUGCGGAGUGUGUCAGCCCCGUCAUGAAGAAACCUCCCGUCUACUUUAAAAAGAUCUUCCAUGGCUGCCCUCUGAAAAUAAACUGCUCCACAACGUGGGAUAACACAGCUUCCAAAGGUUGUAUCAUGCAUCAAAUAAAGUGCACAGCAGAUUCUCUGCUCCCUCUUCCUUAUCAAACGUGUUUUAUCUGUCUGACCGCUCUUCUCUCUCCCUCAGACCAGCAUCUGAUCCUGGGGGCAGAGGAAGGCAUCUACACCCUGAACCUGAGCGGCUCAGAGGCCACCAUGGAGCUGUUGUAUCCAGGGAAGUGCACCUGGGUCUACACCAUCAAUAACAUCCUCAUGUCUGUAUCAGGUAAAUCCUCGCAGCUUCACUCCCACUCACUGAAGGAGUUGUACGAACAGGCUCGGAAAGACCAGAGGAUGGUUUCCUUGCAGACUCACCGACUGUUACCAAGGAAAUGUGCAGUGACGUUUAAAAUACCUGAUACAAAAGGCUGCAAGACCUGCGCAGUUGCAGGUAACAUGCAGGGAGGCUGUGUGUUCCUGUGCUGCGGCCUGGAGUCCAGCGUGGUGCUGCUGCAGUGGUACGAACCCAUGCACAAGUUCAUGCUCAUUAAGAAUUUUGACUUCCCGCUGCCUAGCCCUCUGAGGGUGUUUGAGAUGGUGACGGUGCCCCAACAGGAGUACCCGCUGGUGUGUAUCGGCGUCUCUCGGGGGUCCAGACCCAACCUGCCCGUCAUUGUAGAAUACAUCAACCUCAACUCCAACACAUCCUGGUUCACCAACUCUGGCCUGGAGAGACCUUGCCCAGCUGUAAUUCAAGUAAACCAGUUGAACAGUAGUUCACUGCUUGUCCUCAUAGAAAAGUCGGUACAUGUGGUGGGUCUGGAGGGGGAGCUGAAGAGCAACAGGCCUCUAACACAAGAGACCACCUUCUCUCAUGAUGUUGAGUCUAUAGUGUAUUUUGAGGACACUCUGUUGGCAGUGUGGCGUCACGGCUGGCAGAGGAGAGGACAAAGUUUCACUGAGGUGCUGGAAGAGAGCAUGGACCCCAGGAAGAUCUACAGACUGGUGCAGUCAGACAGGAUGGUCGUCCUGGAAACGCGUCAGACGGAGGACCAGUCGGGGCUGUCCAACCUGUACGUCCUGGAAAUUGCUGAGAACUACGUUAUGCUGACCUGACGCUCCUGUCUGCUGGAAUAGGGCAUCAUGGGAGACUCCCACUUGUAUAUGAAUGCUUCAGGACUUUCAUAUAUCAUCAGUAACUCUGACGGGCAUGGAUGCCACAGUAUUUUAUUUUCUAAUGGGAGGAGAUAUGUCAUAAGGUAAUGAUGGCAGGAUGUUGCAAAUUCAUACUGACCUGAGAGGAUUGUUGUGUUGUUGCCUUUGUCCCUCCAAUCUGGAAGAGUCGCUCUUAUUUAUCCCAAUUUCAACUUGUGAGAUCCAGAAUAACCUCCAGAUUCCAGACAGCUGAGAAAACCUUGAAUGAACAGUAAAGGAAGGACCUCCAACACUAAAGAGGAGAAUCUACUUUCUUCUGCAGCAGCCGCCUGCAGGGAUUGAAAUAUUUGAUGGCUUCCAGAGGAUUUUACUUACACACGAUGAAAUGUGCUGAUCUCUGAGCAGAGCAGUUACUGUUAAUGAAAGGUGAUCGGUUAGUCCUUUGUAUUCCCGGCUGCACCAGUUACCUGUUAGGGGCUGGUGACACCAGAGGGAGAGUGAAAAGUCAAAUAAACUAUUUGUAUCAUAAGAUAAACCGUCUUUGGUGCAUUUAAAUGAA